CUCGUUAGAGCCAAGCUUGCGCCGUGCUUGCUGAACUAUCGCGCGGGCAUCGGCUACGAAAAAAAUAAUUAACGUGAAAAAUGGACAUGCGGCGAGUGUCCGAGAACGCUUAAUCCCGUGUGUGAGUGGCGUGAGUUGAGAUAAGCCUCGUCUCGUCGGUGCGAGAAGCGCGAGACGAUAAGAACAGCCGAUAACAAUGCGAAGCGUCUUGUCUUCCCGUAUAGCAGUUGCCCGCGAGUCGUUUUCAAUGGAGCUGGACACCGUGAAAUUUCAUCGUCACACUCGCGUCAUUGCCGCGCAACUUCCGCGUGCUUAAAAUUACGGCGACUUACAAACUCGCAGUGAGGCAAAAUGAGAAAAACAUUGUUGACUUUAGUCCCUACUCAUUUGCAUCUGUCACACAGCUGAAUUUAAACGAAUUUAAUUUGUAUUCUUAAAUUAAAAAUGGUUCUUCAUAAGAAGUAUCCAUCAGUUUUUACAAUUUCGAGAUCGCACAGAUGAAGUUUCUGAGCUAAUUAAUCGAUUGUUUAAGAAAAAGUCGAUCGCGUUGUAUGAUCCGAUAACGUGACAGACACAAAUGAGCGCGUCUGCCGAUCGCGGCAUGCUGCUGAAAAGUCCUAAAGGAAAAUUUUAGAUUUGUUCCGGAAGCGCGUACACCAAAAUGCGCGCAAAACACCUUUGAUGUCACACAUCGAGGACGCAGAGCCUAAAAAUGGCAGCGGACAUACGAAUGAGAUAGUAGCAAACGAACGCGAUAAAUCCGUCGCGCAAGUAAACCCGGAAAAUUCAGUCAAUGAAGAGAUUCAAAUAGCGAGCCGAUUAUUGGAUAACGCAAAAUGCGAUCCAGAAACGGAGGAAAAUGACGAGAAAUGUGCCGAUGCUAAAUCACAAGAUAAAAAUGACGCGUGUAUUGCCUCUGGGGAUAUUUGUCGAAUCUGCCACAUGGGCGGAUACGCCCCGAUCGCGGACAAUUAUCCGUCGUGCGACUCGCAAGAUCAGAACAAUCAGACAGCGACAUUGUCGAACUUUGUCUAUCUUGGCCCGUUGAUUUCAGCUUGCAAAUGCCGGGGUACGGUGGCUCUGGUCCACGCCGAGUGCCUUGAGAGAUGGCUAACCGAGUCCGGCCGCGCGAGAUGCGAGCUCUGCGGCUACAAGUACGCGAUCAGGAGGGUACGGCGUUACAGCCUCUUUCGCAGCGUCGUAAUAUGGUUCCGCACCGUAAUAGCCACCCGACAGGAGAUGGUACUCGACAUCGGGUAUUUAGUGAUGACCACGCCCGUGGCCGCGUUCUCCUGCUACGUUUGCGCCCUGGCCUUGAAAAUGUUGCUGCGAAAUGGCUUUUACGAGAUACCCUGGAUGAUAGUCGCCAUGCUACCAACCUGCUUAUUGACUCUGAUAGCUUAUUGGCGAUGGAUAAUUACGUUAGGCAGACUGCACGGUCAUCGAUGGAGACGCUACUGGAGAAACAACUUCGUGGUUCGUUUGAUUCCCGAUAACGACGUCACCGGGGACGUCGAUCCGCGAGGAUCGAACAGUCACUUUGACGUGCAAGAGGAUUUCGAGCAGUGGAGGCUCGAGGAGAUCGAGGAGCUCGCGUGACUUUCGACUCCGUGUCAAUCGCAAGUCAGGAAUAAACCUUUCAAUUGCGACAACCGUUUUCUAUUUUUACAUUCAUCUCUGCUCCCCCUGCCCUCGGUCUCAUUGUCGGAAUCUUCAUACGGCUGUACUUAUAUUUAAUUGCAUUUUAUUAACUGGACAUUUCAAUUGGAGCUCGUUGCCGCGUAACGAAGACGAUUCGCCGCGCAUCAGAGUUAAAUUAAGAUAAGCACGGUCGUGUAGUCCGGAAUGCUUCCGGAAAUACAUGUUCGGAUUUUGUAGUAUUAUUUAAAUACCUUGUAUUUUUUUCUAAGUGCUCAAUUAAAAUAAUUUGAAGAUCA